AUGGACUUUUGGAAUGGUAUUUAUUGUCCUGAUCUACGGUUGACAUGGCAGAUGAUGUCUAAUCCUGAAUUGAUGAGAAUGGCUUCGGAAAGCAUGAAAAACAUGAGGCCUGAAAACUUGAGAAAUGCUGCAGAACUCGUCCAGAGGAAAUGGCUGAGAUUGGUGAGAAGAUGGCCAAUGCAACAGCUGAAGAGAGGUGCUAAGCAAAGAUUGACGGAAGAAGGUAGUGAGCUUGCUUCGAGAGUUAUUGAAGAAAUAACAGACGAAGUCCAGACGGCUUCAUCUGAGAAUUGUGAAAGUUCACCUACGGAACAUCCUGUAUCACAACCCCAAGAAACCAGUGGCUGCUCUAGAGAUCAAAUUAAGAUCCCCACUGGGGUUCCAUCGUCUAGUUCAGAGUGUUUGCAGGCUUUAAAAGAUGACCCAGAUUCUAUCAGUGGUGGAAAAGCUGAAGGGAUAUCUCCUGAUAUGGUGAAGACUGCCUCAAAUAUGAUUAGUAAGAUGUCACCUGAAGAACUUCAAAGAAUGGUACAAAUGGCUUCCUCUUUUGAAGGGGAAAACCCACAUUUGAAGAGAAGUUCCAUAGGCUCUAAUUUUGACAGCUUUAGUCCUGGUUCGGUUCCACCAGAUGUGACACCUGACAUGCUUCAACCGCAACUGAUAUGA